UCUGAAACCUCGGCGGUGAUAACACCUCGGCACUCCGCGUUCCAAAGAAUUUAUUUAUUUAUUCUCGUUUUUUACGAAACACAUCAUCGGCUAUUCCAGUGCGAAAUUAUUUCCGGUCUUGAUUCAUUUUGUAUUUUUGCAAGAGGUGACGGGUGUCUCAGUUCAUUUCCGAUAAGACUUGCGCGCGCAUAAUAUCGUUGACAAUUGGCGCUUAUCGUUGUAGAGAAACGAUAAGAUUCCGAGUCUUUUCUUGACUGACAAAAGAGCAACAGUUGAGUGGUGAAUUAGUCUGCAUCUUCAUUAGUCCCGUGGUCGAGGGAGACCAGAGGAAUUUAAUUGGAUUAAAAAAUUCAAAUCAUCAUGAUGAUGACCUUCAGACAAUUAAGAUGAGAUUUGCGUGCUUCCCGAGGGCUAGUAUCCUGGGCCAGAGGGGGAGUAUCAACCUCACCCCUCUCCCAGGGCACGAAGAAAAUGGCAGCAUCACAGGAAUCAGCAUCAUCAGUAAUGGGAACAACAGAGAACCGAUCCCCAUGAGCUACAAGCGCCACGGGGAUGAUGUCAAUGGUACACUGAGCAACUGUUCAAGCACGGUGACUCUGAAUGGCUCGACGACACUUCCGAAGGGUUACACCGUCUUCAGGAAUGACAACGGAAAUGGAUUCGAGAGACAGGAUACAGUCGUAUCGAACUUGUCGAUGGAAAGUGUCAAAAUACCUAGGGGUGGAGUCAUUGGUAGAACACCAACACUACCAUCUGCACCGACUCCUGUUUAUGAUAAGGACAUGAGAUCGCGGGAGCUCAUUAAGAGAGCCAUUUUGGAGAACGAAUUCCUGGGGAAUCUGGAGGAGCCUCAGGUCGAGGCUCUGGUAUCCGCGAUGUACCCGAAGAAUAUUCCACCGAGUUAUCUCGUGAUUCAUGAAGGUGAUAUCGGAUCACAUCUGUACGUAUCGGCGGAGGGGGAGUUCGACAUCUACGAGGGGAGCAAAUUUGCCAAAAGUUUUGGACCUGGAGUUGCAUUUGGAGAGCUCGCAUUGCUUUACAAUACCAAAAGAUUGCGUUCAAUAUCUUCGAAGAAAGGGGGAAAGGUGUGGGUCCUAGACAGAUCUGUGUUUUUGACUGUGAUGAUGAGGAGUGCCCAAGAUCGACUGGAGGGCAACAUCAGGUUCCUCAGGAAGGUCUCCGUUCUCCAGAAGCUUCCUGAACCCAAGGAACACGUGUUCGCCAAGAUAUCAGAUUUGAUUAAAGUAGAAUUUUUCCCUGCUGGUGCGAAAAUUCUCCGACAAGGGGAAAUUGGCGACAAAUUCUUCAUAAUCAGUGGGGGAAACGUUCGGAUAACCAAGGACACGGAAUACGGGGGUGAAGAGGAGCUCGUGGUCCUCGGGAAGGGUCAGUACUUCGGUGAGAAAGCACUUUAUGACAAAGCUGAUAAUCGAAGAAAAGCCAACGCGAUAGCGUUAGCACCUGGUGUUGAGUGUCUCACUCUGGACGGAACCACAUUCUUGAAUUAUCUCGGUGGUCUAGACGAGAUAAGGAAUACGGACUGGGCAGCGGAGGUUGAAAAACAAAAGCGCUCAUUAACACCAAAAGUCUGGACAAAUGAAUACUCGGAAGUGACACUUUACGAUUUAGAGAGUCGUGGAACGCUGGGAGUCGGUGGAUUUGGUCGGGUUGAACUCGUCACCUUGAGAUCUGAUACUGAAAAGAGUUUCGCGUUGAAGAAGCUGAAGAAGAAGACGAUGGUUGAUCAGCAGCAGCAGGAGCACGUUCUCAAUGAGAAGUGCAUAAUGCAGGCUUGCGAUUCUGCUUUCAUCUGCAAACUCUAUCAAACCUUCAAAGACGCCAAAUACGUUUACUUCCUCAUGGAGGUUUGUCUUGGGGGUGACGUCUGGACGACUCUUCAGAAACGUCGGUACUUCGACGACGCCACUGCCCAAUUCAUGGUUGGAUGCGUCGUGGAGGCACUGGACCACUUGCACUCCCUCAACAUUGUCUACCGUGAUCUCAAGCCUGAAAAUCUAAUGCUAGACAGUCGUGGAUACCUGAAACUCGUGGACUUUGGUUUUAGCAAGAAGAUCGGCCCUGACAAGACCUGGACAUUCGCUGGAACUCCCGAAUACGUCGCUCCAGAGAUUAUCCUCAAUAAAGGACACGACAGAGCCGUUGAUUAUUGGGCAUUGGGCAUUCUCACACACGAAUUAUUGGUUGGAAAACCGCCAUUUCGUGGGUCCGAUCACAUGACCACGUACAACAGAAUCUUGAAGGGAGUAGAGAUGGUGGGGAUUCCCCCGAUUGUCAACAAAAGUGCGAAUAACCUGAUUAAAAAAUUACUGCGACUCAGUCCAUCGGAGAGACUCGGAUAUCAGCGCAAUGGAAUUCAAGAUAUUCGGGAUCACAAGUGGUUCAGUAAUUUUAAUUGGAAGGCAUUGCAGAGGCUUGCACUACCCGCUCCAAUUGUUCCUACAAUUCGAAGUACAACGGACGUCCGGAAUUUUGAGCGAUACCCCCCGGACAGGGAAAUACCUCCGGACGAAUUUUCCGGAUGGGACAUGGACUUCUGAGUCUCAAUCAAUAAAUUUUUUUACUAAUAACAAUAAAUCCUAGACCGAUAUUAAUCGAUUCCCUCUCUUCAGAUAAUUCCAAGAAUAAAAAAUAUGUUAUUCAGUGUUUGUCAAUUCUCAGAUCGAAUAAAUUAUUUUGUAAAUAAA